GCAUAUAUGAGGCCUCCAAUGAAGAGCACUGCAGUUCAAAUCGCAAGAAUCGCCGCCAUUACUCUGAUUACAAUGUCCAUAGUCUUUGGCAGUUUCAUCCUGGCAGCGUCCUGGGUUCAGGCUAAAGCUUCCUGCACACCGGAAUCAAUUGCGACGAUGCAGCGUGAGCUGCAACAGCAACAACAACAGAUUCCUAGAACUUAUCAGUCGCAAGGUGAAUUUCUGAAACAUCUGCAACCGGAGGCACUCGUGCAGGAAUCUGUCGAAUCAAAAGAUUCUCAGCAAAACCUCUCUAUGCCGACAAAGAAGGAGGCUGAUGCAGAUACCAAGGAUAUAAAAGUCCAAGGAGAAAGAGAGAACAGUUCGAAAUCUGACAGCGAGAACGGUGACCACGAUGAUGACGAUGACGAUUACGAUGACGACGAGUUCCCUCCCGUGCAUAUUAAACUUCCUCUUCAGUUGGAUCUCGACGAUAUUGCAGGUACGCUGAUUCAGCAAGCUCGUAGUAGAGUUUCCUGCGUGGUUGAACGACGACGGGCCGACGAGGUGAUGGACGGAACCAGUGACAACGGCCUGGAUAACAGUACUGAUUCGCAACGUUUCCAAAGACUGAGCGGCGAGCGAGUUGCCAUCUUGUGUGAGUCAGGCAGUCCAAACCAGGAGCAACAGGAGCAGGAAAUGCUCACCCCGAUCAUCGUGCCUCUUGGCACCGUGCAAAUUCCCUUACAAUCUCAAGAAUCCAAUCCAGGCUACCAUCAGUACCAAAUACAUACACAAUAUCAGGUUCCCGAUAUGCAGCAACUGCCGCUCAGUGAUCCACGAGGAUUAAAUCACAUCCCACCAGGUUUACUUCCCUCUGAGCUCCGUAACUUGCCUCAAUUAACUAUGGAGAUGAGACCGCCUCGAAUGGGUUCAGAAACACCUAUGAUGGGUCCACAGAAUAUUCCAACGGGAUCUCAAGUCGAGAUGCGUCAAAUCCCCAUCGAACUGCGUCACUUUCCGAUAGAUCCUAUAAGGGGCAUGCGGCCGAUGAUUCAGGAACCGCGUCAGGAGCUGCAACCACAAGUUUCGGUAAUGUAUCAGCAAGCAGAGCAAGUUCCUAACACCUACAAUCAGGAACAGCAAGGUCCUGCUAUGAUGCCGCCACCUCCUCCUCUCUCGCAAGUCGAGGCACAAGAUCAAAAAAUACAUCAGUCCGUGAUGAUCCCGCAGACCGAACAAAGACCACCGAUCGCACCUCAAGUUACGCCCGAGAAGCCGCGUUCUCCCUUCCAAGGCAUCCCCAUUGAAAUCAGAAGAAUUAUUCAGCAGGUACCAUUAGAAAUCAAGAACAUUAUUCAGCACAUCACCGGCGAAACCAGACCAUUCCCAGUGCAAGUACCGGAGGAAACACGUCGUGAAGAACUCAAGUCGUUCCCAGAAGGCGCACGAGCGAUACCCUUAGGACCAUUCCCACUUCCAGUAGAAGUGAGAAAUUUGAUCGAGCAUGGAAACAUCGAAGGCCGCCCGGAUGGCAGAGAUGAGCAGCAGGAAGCGAAACCCUUCCUAGGCCCGGAGGAUGAGACCGACGAUGUCGAGAGGAACUUCCCAGUGCCUAUGGAAAUUCGUAAUAUAAUUCAUCAGGUCGUGGAGGGUCGUGCUUUCCCGGUUUCAAGAUUUGCGCUAAGACCGAUUGAGUCUCUGGAGAUACCAAUAGAAGCACGUGCUGAAGUGACUAACGAUCAGUCCACGGAACAACAACCCGAACAACGACAACAAGUCGACCAGCACCAAGCAACGCAUAUGUUACUUCAGCAACAGCAACAGCAGCAACAGCAACAAUCUAUGCAGGAGACUCGCCCACACUUUGUACAACCACGUUCUGUGCGCUCCGCGCCGGAUGAAGUCUUCCUUCAUCGUCGUGAGAAACGUGUGCGUCGUUGCGCUUGCGAUUGUGCAUGUUAAAUGAUGCUGCCAACAGCCGCAUCUGUUAGACGGAUCGAGUCAUCGAGUCCAUGCAAGGCCUUAAAAUGAAGAAAAAUGGCCUUUAAAAGCACGUCACUAACAUUAUGAUCAGAACUUGAAUUCGCCGCGGUCUUAGCGAAAGAAAUACUUGCGCAUAUUUUUGUCGACGUUGCAACCGCUGUGAGCGGCGAUCGCACCGAAUCCCCAUAAACUAAAAUAGAUUAUUAUAGCAGGCUACAACGUUCGUGUAAUUUCCCUUCAGGUUUCCCUAGAUUCCAAAACUUUUAAUGAAAACAUGAAAAUUCUCAGUUUCUCGUUAAAAUAAGUUCGUUGCGAAAAAAAAUUUAAAAAAUAAUGAAACAUUGCACAAAGUCGAUAAUAUUUUUAUGUUUUACGCAGCAAAAAACAACUUAAAGGAAAACAUUUAUUAAGUCAUUGCUACAAUCAUUUAUUUAUGAUCUUACGAACUUUUGCAACAGGUAAGUACGCCCGCUAAUUAGAGCGUACAGUUGACGAUUACAAUUGUAUUGGCUCAUUGAAAAAUAACGUUUGGUUUUGCCAAUAACACUGAUCGACAUUCUAUAAGUUUCCUAAAAAAAGGAGAAUGGUUUCCCGUAAAUUUUUGGUCGCUGAAAACGAUGCUGCUCUCAGAAUUUGCCUUUCACGUUGUCGAGAAAUAUGGGAUUGAAAACCUUAAAAAAACAUGUUUUUGGCAAUAUUUGAAAAUAAAACUAUUUCGUAGCGGACAAACCUGAAAUGUUAGAAACUUGUACGAGGUCUUAAAUGAAAGUUAAAACAUUAUAUUAGAGCCCAAAUAUAUCCAAUAUUAAGAAACUAUUUAGAUGUGCCGCGCAGAAACGUGUGUUUUUAGUAGCAUGCAUGCGUAGGCCCACUCGUCACUGCAUGCUAGGAUGGAAGUAGGGAAACUUAAUAGCAGAAAAAAUUGUAUAUUUAGGUUCUAGAAUAAUGUUUAUACUUUCAUUUAAGGAGUUACAUCACCUUGAUAGCCUGGAAAAGAUAGGUAAUUUUUGGAAUUUUCUUAGCCAAACAAUAAAGUAAAUGAAAAAUCUGUUAUAAGGCUUUUAUUAAGUGACAUUUUAAGAAUAAAAUAAUAUUUUUUAACUUCUCUUUAAGAAAAAAAUGGCGACUGUGGAGACGUUGUACGGAAGAUUGUUUGACGACGUCAGUCCAAUUGGCGUUGCAAAGUUCUAGUACCCAGUAUGACCUAGAUACUAAAAAUAUACACGAUACUAAAAGUGUUUAUUAUCUUCAUAAUAUCUAAAGAAAUACAUUGGGGUUUUUCGAAAUAUUGAUUUUUGCGAAAAUGGUAAGAAUUUGAAAAAAAGGUUCGCUUUGCGGCUAAAAAUUUUCUGUUAAAAAUGUCGAUAAAAAAAGUAUUUAAUAUAUCGCAAAAUCCCUAUAUACUUUUUCAGAUUGUAUCAGUUAGAAGAUUCUAUCAAAAUUUGAAGUAAAUUGGAUAAGUAGUUUAUAAGAUCUUCACAACAAUAACUUUAGAAAAGUGAUUUCGAGAAAAACGCGUAAAGAUUUGCUUUACAAUAUUUCGUGUUUAAAAUGCAAAAUAUCACUUUUACUCUGAAAUUCUUGCACUAUACAGCCGUCCAAAGUUAGUAUUCGCCUCUUUUUCUUCCUUUCGGUUUAUUUAUUUUAAGACGAUCUCCGUUCGUCUUUGGCGACAUCAAACAUCAAGUGCUCAGCAGUUUUCACGCGUAGAGCGUUCGCAUUGGCGCAAAAAUUGUAACAAUUAUGGCCAAUAGUCAGGUUUAACUUGCAUAAUUUCCAUUAUGCUCGUUCAUCCAUCAUUAAAAUAGCAAUAUCUGUUGCUAUAUUUAGGAAAAUUUUAUCGUUCGAAGAUGUUUUUGGUGUUAUUGGCCAUACAACAGCAUAAAAAUUUUCGUUAUUGUUUUACGUAAAACCUCCUAAACAGCGUGUUAAUAAAUCGUUGUUGCUCAAAUUCUCAUAAAUAGGUUUCAAAGUAUUGAAAACUUCUAUACGCAGAGAUGGUUUAUGCGUAUACACAUCUAGUGUUCCAGAAAUUUGUGCUCUCUGCCAUGAACACCACGAAUCUUCGCCAAUCAGGCAGUAGUCAUGUUACGAUUUUUCAUCUGUAGAAGUUUUAUGGUAUAACGUCGCCCAAAUUUCUUUCUUCAUUUUCUCCACAGAAACGUAAUUUCGGCGAAGUUCGUAAUAUAUUGUUAAUUCGUUUAUUAACUUUGCUGUAAAUUCGCCCUUUCCGAGGCCUUUCGUUUUUCUUACAGCACGAAGUCAUGUGUCCGUAUCCUUUUGUACGUGGUCGAUACAUUCUUUCUUGGAUACAAUGAUAUCUGCGUAAGGCUGAACAUGUACAAUACAUUUAAAUGUCUUGCUGUCUCCGUCGCCAAUAUAAUUACAAUAUUUCAAAUUAUGUAAAGUUUUGGAACGGGAAAACAUCUCGACAACGACGUCUACCUCCAUCUUGCCAACUGAUCACUCAUGAUUUAUUUAACAUUCUUCAUUAUGGGGGUCAUCCCGUGUGACGACUGUUUUUUAAGGUUUUUUUUUGCAUUUUUUUGUGGCGAAAUGAAAACAUACAGAGCUUCCAAAUUUUUACUAUAUAUUUAUUACAUCUUAAACUAUAUGUGUAAAUUUUUUUAUUUAAAAAUAUGGCGUCGAUGGCGAGUUACAUCACUGGAACGGCACCCAUGUAAAAAAAGCAGACAAACGGUGCCCACGAUUCCGGCACACUGGUUUAUCGGAAAUCAAAAAAUCAAAUUGCAUUUUAAUCCAUAGGUGAAUGGCUAUCGUGGGAACUAGGAUUUUUUGAAAAUAUUAAAAAUUCAAUUUUUUGCAUGCAUUUAAAAAUUAUAACUCAAAAUAGCAUGAUUUUUUGCGACUAUUUUUUUAUGCGGACAAAAACGGUUUAAUAUUUUUUAAAAAUUCUAGUUCCCACGAUAGCCACACAUGUGCUGAAUCUACCAAUAAAAUUUUAUUUAAAUCCAUUGAACCGUUUUCGAAAAAUCCUGGGCACCAGUUAAAAAAUCCUUUGCCAAAAUUACUUUGUCAGUAUAUUCUAUACAUGCUCUAGAUUAGAUUUAUGAAAAAAAAAAUCGAUUUUUUGAAGCCGUUACACGGGAUGACCCCCUUAUGAGAAUCAAACCAUAUUGCAUACUCUGCAGUGCCUUCCUUACCCUUUUAAAACUUACAGGGUUUACAAUACUUUGAUUUUAUAAAUAUAUCUAAGAUUUUGCCUAUGUACCAUCCCUUUAAUAAAACUAUCCUAUAUAACGAUGAAAAACUCCUCUUUCUCCACGUUCCAUCGCCAAACACUGUUAUAUCGUUAGUUUCCCCUUUUUCUAUAGACUCGUUCUUCUCCUCGACAGUUGCCUUUUUCAUGCAUCUCUCACGAACAGCUGCUGUGGCGACGGAAAUGGCUCGAACGGCUAUGUCAUAAAAUAAUUGAAGAAUUGGAUGUGACAAAUCCAUAAUAGCACACAAUUUCGUAAUGUCUUGUAAACCAAUGCUCAAUAACCGCAUAGCAAAUACAAUACGACAAUUAAUAUCGUUUGCAUGAUUGUCAGAAAGGGGGUUAGCAUUCAUAAAACUUAGUUCACAUUUUGUACAAACAACAACGAUUUUAAAUUCUAAGUCACGAUGACUUAUUUCUUGAAACUAUAUAUUUGAGCCACACUUCUUGAACACUAUUAGUUCGGAUAUAGCUGAGAAUCAAACCAUAUUGCAUAUUGCUGAGAAUACAUUUAUAAAGUUUAAAAAACGAUAUCCGAAUGAUGCGUCGACGCAGAUAUCAUAAUCGUCUUUACACAUUUUCAACUUUUUUGCAGACGUGCUCAUAUCCUUAGUGACUUCCUCCAGAGAAUAUCUAUUUAACGGUCAUCUAUUAGAGAUUCUGGACUUGCUGACUCGUAUACUACUUUGCUUGGCACCUUUUUUGUAUUAUACACAGGUUUAAUGUCUCUUAUGACUAUAUAAAUACUUUAAAAUAUGACAACUUUUUACAAAACACGAAUAUAUAACUGUUCUAUAACAAAGCGUCCAAAGGACGUCAUAUACACAGCUGUACUGAUGCCAACUGCAUCAUAUGUAGCGAAAAAGAUUGCUGCCAUUUAUUAUUGUCAUUUAUAACUAUAUAUCGAAGUAUAUAUCUGUCGAUACUGUUUCUUUUGCCUUUUCAAAGUUUAGCCGCGUUGAGCCUUUCUGAGCCGUUCGACGGCGCUGCGGCGCGCUCCACUAAACGGGCUUAAAACUCGUAAAAAAGAAAUUGAAUUCCAUAUUUAAACUAUUAGAAUCUAAUUUUUAAGACUAUCUUUAAGUCAAAAAAUCGAUUUGCUGAAGCCUUCAAGGUGGUGUAAUCCCUUAAGAUUUUGUACAAAUUUCUAGCACGUCAGGUUUGUCUGCUAUGAUUUUUUCAAAAACUGCCAAAAAUGCGUUUUUUAAGAUUUUCAGCCUUAUUUUUCUCGAAAACGUUACGUGAUAGGCAAAUUCUGAGGACAACAUCAUAUUCAGCGAUUAAAAAUCUAUGGGAAACUCUCCUUUUUCAAAAAACUUUUAGGAUAUUGACCAGUGUAAUUGAUUUCAAAGUAAUUUGUUUCAGAAUACUGAAUCUUAGUCAUCGACGCGGAUCAAGAAAACUAUUUAAUAAACAACGUAAAGUGUUAUAAACAUAUUACUAACAUAAGUCAUAAAUUUUCGAGGAGAUUAAACACGAGUGAUAUUUUUCAAACCGAUACGUCGAUUAAACUAUUUCGUAGAUGGAAAGAGUGGCAAGUGUAGUUGAAAUCUGUUAUCCUCUUCUGUACCGGAAACGUAUUUCAAGAAUCAGCAAACGAAUAUGGCUUGAUUUUAACAGGUUAUUAAUUAUUGUGUAUUAUUAUUAAGCGUUUCUGUACAAUAAUUGUCCGUUCAUAUUUCGUUAAUAAUUAUACAUUUUUCCUCUUUUGCUUCCUAUCCUUUUCGUAAUGAUAGAGAGGAUCACCCUACGUAAAAGUGGAUCUAAGCUUAUCGAAAAUACAGUAUGUUUUUAUUUUAAUUAAUCCAAUUGAUUAUUUACGGAUAUAUUUCUGUGAACUGUGUUUGUGCUUCUUCGGGGAAAUUAAUUUAAGCUUCGAUUAUUUUAUUGAUUUACGUUCUCUAUGUAUUCUACGUGUUUCCUUUUUCCUUUUUAUCAUGACAAAUAAUAAAGUGAUACGAUAUUCGUUAGAUUCAA